AUGUACGCGCGUGGAGGCAAGUUGCACAGCUCGUACUUCGGCAACCGCACGUCGGAUCUGCUGCCUGUUUGCUCGGACUCCAAGUCGGACUCUGGCAACUUUGACGCCGUACUGGAGAUCCUCACGAAGGCCAGCUCGUGCAACCGUUCCCUCCCUGAGGGAAUGAUGAUGAUGAUUCCCGCAGCAUGGCAGAAUGACCCGCUCAUCGACGCGCACAAGAAGGACAUGUACAAGUACCAGUCGCUGCUCAUGGAGCCGUGGGACGGACCGGCUAUGAUGGCGUUCACGGACGGCAAGACGAUCGGCGCCACGCUGGACCGCAACGGGCUGCGUCCGAGUCGCUACUACGUCACUAAGGACCACGUGCUGCUGUCCAGUGAGAUUGGAGUGCUGGAGCACCUGCCGGAGAAGGACAUUAAGUACAAGCGUCGUCUGGAGCCCGGCAAGAUGUUCCUGGUGGACUUUGAGCGCGGUAUGAUCGUGUCGGACGACGAGGUCAAGAAAUCUGUGAGCGAGAGUCGUCCGUUCAAGAAGUGGCUGGACGAGAACCUCGUGUCGCUGGCCGAGCUGACUGCCGCCAAGAAGGACGCGUCGACGGAGCUCAAGCGCCGUCGGAACUACGCCGAGCUCAACCGCCGGCUCAACAUUAUGGGCAAUGAUGCGCCGCUGGCGGUGCUGUCGGAACAGCCUAAGCUGCCGUUCGAGUACUUCAAGCAGCUGUUCGCGCAGGUGACGAACCCGCCGAUUGACCCCAUCCGAGAGGAGCUCCGUCUAAUGGUGGAGCACCCAGUCAUGUCGAACGCCGAGAUGAGCGUUCUGAAGAGCACUGGCCACGCUGACUGGACGCUUAAGGUGCUGGACGCCACGUUCGCCGCGGGAAGUGGCGCUCGCGGUCUUGUAGAGGCGCUUUACCGUCUGUGCGAGCAAGCUACGGACGCGCUGGUGAACGAGAAGGCUCCCAUUAUCGUGCUGUCCGACAAGCUCGCUGGUGUGAACCGUUACCCUGUGCCGUCGCUACUCGCGAUCGGUGCCGUGCAUCAGCACUUGCUGCGCACUCAGCAGCGCACGAGUGUCGCGCUGUUCGCGGAGUGUGGUGACGCCAAGGAGUUGUACGACUUCUGCACCUUGCUGGGCUUCGGCGCCGACGCCAUCAACCCGCACAUGGCGGAGAUGGCGCUGAACAAGAUGAACGACGAAGGGUUACUGUACGCGCACUCGAAGCAGGAGAUGAGCAACGCUGAAGUGUUUGACAAGUACCGUGCGGCGGUGGGCAAGGGCAUCCUCAAGGUCAUGUCCAAGAUGGGCAUCUCGACGCUGCAGUCGUACAAGGGCGCGCAGGUGUUCGAGGCGGUGGGUCUGGGUGACGACAUCAUCAGCAUGUGCUUCGAAGGCACCAACUCGCGCAUCCAAGGCACGGACUUUGAGGCGCUGUACACGGACAUCUCUCGCUUCCAUGAGGCUGGCUACCCACUGCACUCGGACAUGCUGCCGCUGAUCCGUAACCCGGGCAGCUACCACUUCCGGAACGACGCCGAGGUCCACUACAACUCGCCCAAGAAUAUUGUGGCGCUGCAGCGCGCGGCGCGCGAGAACUCGCGAGAGGCCUACGCGCAGUACGUGGAGGAGACGAACGAGCUGUGCAAGCGCGUGAACCUGCGCGGUCUGCUGGACUUUAAGUUCGUGGACGAGGACAAGAUGCCCAAACUUGAUGAGAUGGAGAGCGUCGCGGACAUUGUCAAGCGCUUCAACACUGGCGCGAUGAGUCUGGGUAGUAUCUCGCAGGAGACGCACGAGGCUCUGGCGGUCGCCAUGAACACGCUGGGCGGACGCAGCAACACUGGCGAAGGCGGGGAGGACGUCAAGCGCUUCACCAAGGCCGGAGGCCCGCCCAACCUGCGUCGCUCGGCCAUCAAGCAGGUGGCGUCGGGCCGCUUCGGUGUGACGAUGAACUACCUGACGAACGCGGACCAGCUGCAGAUCAAGAUGGCUCAAGGCGCCAAGCCUGGCGAGGGCGGCGAGCUGCCCGGCUACAAGGUCAGCGACUACAUUGAUUCGAUGCGCCACACGACUCCGGGCGUGGGACUCAUCUCGCCGCCGCCGCACCACGACAUUUACUCGAUCGAGAACCUGGCGCAGCUGAUUCACGACCUCAAGCACUCGAACCCGUCGGCGGAGGUGUCGGUCAAGCUGGUGUCGGAGGUCGGCGUCGGAGUGGUGGCUGCCGGUGUGGCUAAGGCGAAGUCGGACCACAUCACCGUCUCUGGCCACGACGGCGGCACUGGCGCUGCGGUGUGGACUGGUGUCAAGAACGGCGGACUGCCGUGGGAGCUGGGACUGGCCGAGACGCAGCAAACGCUGGUGCUGAACGACCUGCGCUCGCGCGUCAAACUGCAGACGGACGGCCAGCUCAAGACCGGCCGCGACGUGAUGGUCGCUGCGUUGCUCGGCGCCGAGGAGUUCGGCUUCGCGACGGGUCCGCUGAUUGCUCUGGGUUGCAUCAUGAUGCGCAAGUGCCACUUGAACACGUGCCCCGUCGGUGUCGCCACGCAGGACCCGGAGCUGCGCAAGAAGUUCCAGGGCCAGCUUGAGCACGUGGUCAACUUCAUGUUCAUGCUGGCGGAGGAGGUGCAGGACUACAUGCGUCGGCUGGGCUUCUGCAAGCUGGACGACCUGAUCGGACGCGCUGACCUGCUCAAGGUGAACCAGGACGCGCUGCACUACAAGAGCCGCAAGCUGGACCUGUCUCCAUUGCUUAUCAAUGCCAGCACGUUGAACGAGGGCGCUGGCGUGAAGAAGGAGAUGGAGCAGGACCACGAGGUGGACAAGUGCAUCGACAUGCGUCUCAUUGACAAGGCCAAGACGGCGCUGGAGAACAAGACGCCCGUCGUGAUCGAGGACGUUGCCACUAACUUGGACCGUACGCUCGGUGCUACUUUGUCACACGAGGUCUGCAAGCGCUACGGAGAGGAGGGUCUGCCCGACGGAACGAUCCACCUGAAGCUCAAGGGCCAUGGCGGCCAGAGUUUGGCCUUCGGGCUGGUCAAGGGCGUGCGUCUUGACCUUGAGGGCGACUCGAACGACUACGUCGGCAAGGCUCUGUCUGGUGGCGAGGUGUCGAACGUGAUUAUCGGCAACGCGGUGCUGUACGGAGCGACCAGUGGGGAGGCCUACUUCUCCGGUAAGGCCGGGGAGCGCUUCUGUGUACGUAACUCUGGUGUCAAGGCUGUCGUAGAGGGCGUGGGUGACCACGGCUGCGAGUACAUGACUGGCGGACGCGUGGUUGUUCUCGGCUCCACUGGACGUAACUUUGCUGCUGGUAUGUCUGGCGGUAUCGCGUACAUCUUCGACGAGGACGCGUCGUUCCAGGAGAAGUGCAACAUGGGGAUGGUGGGCGAGGUCAAGGCGCUCAUCGCCAAACAUCUGGAACGUACGCAGUCGCCAAAGGCGCAGAGGGUGCUGGACAACUGGGACGCAUCGGUGCACAAGCUCAUGCGCGUGAUGCCGUCCGACUACAAGCGCGUCCUGCUGCAGAGCGCGGCGGUCGUGAAGGAGACCAAGAAGUUGGCUUCGGCAUCCGCUUAA